AUGGAGCCCACGGCGCCGCAGCGAGGCACCAAGCGCCCCCUCCCCGGCGGCGGCGACGACGACGAUGACCGCUCCGACCUCGCGGACCGCAAGGUGCGGUUCCCCAAGGGGAAGAAGGCCAAGCACCGCGACCCCUCCGCCGCCGGCGGGAGCGGGCAGGCAGGCGAGGCGGAGGAGGACAUCGACAGCCUCAUGAACCCCGAGCUCGCCGCGGUGAAGCGGGCGCGGCGCCGCCACCGCAGGGAAGGGGACGACGCGCAGGGCACCGCCAAUGUCAAGGGCUUCGAAAUGCGCUACAAGGAUGAUGCCAACUUUAUCGAUGAUGGUAUUGAGAUUGAACCUUUUAACUUGGAUCAAGAGAGAGAAGAAGGAUACUUCGAUGAUAAUGGCAACUUUGUGGAGUUUGCAAGAGGCAAUGAUAUGAAGGAUGCCUGGCUGGACAAUGUCGAGGUUGACACAAAGUAUGCUGAAAAGUUCCAAAAGGAAAAGGACAAAGAAGAGGAGUUCCAGGACCUCUCUUCCGAUGAUAUUGGAAAGAUAAAAAAGAGAAUAGCAGACAUGCUUGAGGCAGAUGAAACGAUAAUUCAGGCUCUGAAAAGAUUGAAGAGUUCAUCCACUGAUGAACGUGGACGAAUGACUGAGGAGACACAGCGUAUGUUUAAUGAGCUGACAGAAGCUGCCAUGAAGCUAAUGGAGAACGGGGAGUACAAUGUGUAUUCAGAUGACCGGGAGACAUUUGUACGUGAGGCUGAGGGUUAUGAACGUCUAAAGCGUGCUCGACUUGGUAUACCAGAAGUUGAAGAAGAUAUCUUUGCAGACACCACAGAGGAUGACCCAAGUACCUCGUCCUUACUGGAGAUGGACCGUGGUCUGUCAGCCGCCAAUACCUCCACGACAAAUGCUAUAACAGAUGAUGAUGAUAGUAACCUUGACAUGUUUGGAGACAAUGACGACACUGAUGCCACUCAUGAUUCUGAUGUGAAAACUGUAGAUGCAGGUUGCAAUCCUGAUCCAGUACCACAAGACGCUUCCCGAACCUCAGGUGUAGAGAAAGCUGGCAAUGGAAGUGUGGACUCAGAUUAUGUCUAUGAUCCAACCUCUGGGUACUACUAUAGCAGCAGCACAGGCUACUAUUAUGAUUCUGCAUCUGGGUGUUAUUGCUCUGCAUCUACAGGAACCUGGUACUCGUACGACGAACAAUCAGGCACAUACAACGAAAUGCAGGGCGAACAAACUGGCGUGCACACAGAAGUACAGAGAGAUGGUGUCACGGAGUAGCCGAGGUUUAACUGCUUGCUCCCAAUAUACUUACCAAUGUUCUGUCGAUGUGAUACGGAGCUCCAAUUUUCAGUAGAGGGCCCCUAGAUCUCAACUCCCAUGGCAGAACUGCCUUUGCUUGCAUUAUCAUGUGGACAAUGAAAAGAGCUGCUGACCUGCAGUUAGCUGAAGUUCGUGAGAUCAUCCACCGAGCGUUUGCACAUGCACAGUUAUGAGUUGUUUUCCCCUCGCUAGCGGUUAUACUGGCACCAUGUUCACGCAGAAACCUGUAGUAUGUGUUCUGAUACAUCUCCAUCUUGAGAAAUUGGAGUAUUAUUACUGUAACUUACUAGAUGAUUAUUUUCUGUAACUUACAAGAUGAUGAAACAGAAGCUCAUUUUUUGUUCCUGAAUUCUGUACCACCAAAUUGUGCCUGACCUAUACAGCUAUGUACCAUUAGUAAUUGAUCUGUUAUUUGUCAUUCUA